GUAGUUGAGUCAGUGUCAACGAUGAGACGUCAACGAGAGGUUGGGUUUUGGUUAUGAUUAUUUUGUAGUAAAAAAUGAUGUUGUCGAUUUGGUGAAUUGUACUACAUUCUAAAUGAGUGUUUUUGGUGUUUUAUGGCUGUUUUCUAAAAAUAACUCGAAAUUAGAAAUUUAUGUGUGUCAACGUUUUGGAUAUCAGCAUUAUGCUCAGCCCAUCAAGACUAAACACACCGCAUUUAAGAUAAAUCAUACAGGGUUGUUGUUUAUCGCGGAAUUGUGUGUUUUUGUUUGAAAAAUUCGAUCGUUUGCGCAUCGCGCGUACAACAGAAACAAAAGUGUAUUGCUCGGCGGUGUGUAAUUGUUUAUGUGUGACUAAAAUUUAUAAAAGUUUAUAGGUAAGAUAAGGUGUAUAUACCACGUCUUAUCGGUUCGUCGGCAGUACACAUUUUACAGAUAUGGGCGUAUCAAAUCCAGCCCUAAAUGACGACGACACAGUAAAUGAUGAUUCCGGAAACGCCAGUGCCUCGCAAAAAGAUGAAGAGAACACAUCCGGCUGCUUCAGUAACGGUCCGUUUUCGCCCGAUUCCGAGUACGACGAAACCCUGGCAUUUCCCGAUUCCGUUACAAUUCUGUCGAUGGGCGAUGAUAAUCCCAUUUUGGUUGAGCGCAAAGAUGGAGACGUUGACAGUGUGGUACCUGAAACAGAUAUACCUUUCACAACGGUCUAUUGUCCACCGGUGAAAUUUAAAUCGAUUCAACGGAAAGUGUUCAUUCCCGGCCUAGAAAUACACGUACAGAUCAUCGAUAACGAGCGAAGCAUCACAACGCAUUUGCUUAAUCCAAAUUUAUAUACCAUCCAGUUGACGCAUGGUCCAUUCACAUGGACAGUAAAAAAACGAUACAAACACAUAGCCGCCCUACAUCAACAGCUCCGUGUUUUCCGGACCUCAUUGAAUUUCCCAUUCCCAACACGAAGUCAUAAAGAAAGACGUGCAAGUUUCCGCAACACCUACGGUCCAGAGGUGGACGAUGAAAAGGUCGGCAAGAAAAAACGCAAAGGACAAUUGCCUCGCUUUCCCAAUCGACCCGAAACAUUGGUUCCAGUUGAAUCACUGCCGGAUCGCAUUCAACAGCUGGAAGAAUAUCUGUACAAUAUGCUGAACAUCCGACUCUACAAAAACCACCACGAAACUGUCAAUUUCUUGGAGGUGUCCCAGUUGUCGUUCAUCAAGGCAUUGGGUGAAAAGGGCAAAGAAGGUCCAAUUAUGAAGAGAUCCGGAUCGACGCGUCCUGGACAGGCUGGCUGCAAUUGCUUCGGUUGCUUCCAUCGGGCCUGCUGCAUACGGUGCAAUUAUUUCUGUACGGAUUUGAUAUGCGGCCAGUGGCGGACUCGAUGGUUUUUUGUUAAGGAGACGUUCUUCGGUCAUCUGUCACCGAAAGAUGGUUCGAUUAGAUGCAUCGUCCUAUUCGAUCAGGGAUUCGACGUGUCGACGGGUAUUUAUAGCACUGGCAUGAGAAACGGAUUACAAAUUAUGACAAACAAUCGAGAGCUGGUACUUAAAAGUUGGACGAGAAGAAAAGCCAAGGAAUGGUUGACGUAUUUGAAAGCGGUAGCCAACAAUCAGGCCAGAGAUUUCACUUGUCCCAAUCCUCAUAUGUCCUUUGCUCCAGUCCGUUCGUCCAUGCGUGCCCAUUGGUUUGUGGAUGGUGCGUCCUAUAUGAACGCUGUUGCAGAUGCCCUGGACAAUGCCACCGAGGAGAUUUACAUAGCCGAUUGGUGGUUGAGUCCGGAGAUUUAUAUGAAACGACCGGUGAUCGAUGGAGAUUAUUGGCGGCUGGAUAAGAUUUUACAAAGGAAAGCGGAUCAGGGUGUCAAGGUAUUCGUAAUGUUGUACAAGGAGGUCGAAAUGGCGCUAGGAAUCAACAGCUAUUACAGCAAGCAGAAACUCGUUGAAGCUCACGAAAAUAUCAAAGUAUUCCGUCAUCCCGACCACGCCAGGGUUGGUGUAUUUUUCUGGGCUCAUCACGAGAAAAUUGUUGCCAUUGAUCAGACGUACGCCUUCAUCGGCGGUAUCGAUUUGUGCUACGGCCGCUGGGACGACUACCGGCAUCGUCUCACCGAUCUAGGCAGCAUAUCCACAACGUCUGCGUCCACAUCGAAACCGGAUCCGAUGAGUUCCAAAAAUUCCAAAUAUCUUCCGACCGCUUCGACAGCAGGAAAAGUUACCAUGAGCAUUGAUGAGCCAGAUUGUUCGAAUCGACCAGUACUCGAACCGGGCGAUCGACUCUUGAUGAUAAAAUUACCAGCAGAACCGUUACCAGAGAACACGAAGAGGAACACACCGGAGAUGGAGCGACGGAAUAUUUUGAAUAAAUUCAAGGACAUGAAAGAAAAGGGAAAGAAAGCUUUUAUGGCACGGGUUACGUCGACUGAUCUGGAAUCUCCAACUGACGAUCAACAGCAGCAACAGCACAAACCCGAUAAGAGUAUGUUCUUCACGAACGACGAACUGAAAGAAGCGGAAAAGGGCAAGGAAUACACCGAUCCGAUUCCAUUCCAAACAGCGAUCAUGGGCACACUGGACGGGAAUGCAAAGUACUGGGUAGGCAAAGAUUACGUAAAUUUUAUCAUCAAAGAUUUGGUGAAUCUGGAAGCGCCGUACGUGGACAUUGUUGAUCGAACGCAGACGCCUAGGAUGCCUUGGCAUGAUAUUGGAGCUGUUGUUGCUGGCGCUUCCGCUCGUGACAUAUCCAGACAUUUCAUACAACGGUGGAAUGCUGUUAAGCUGGAAAAGGCUCGUGAGAAUCCGGCAUAUCCGUACCUUCUGCCAAAAAGCUACGUGGACAUAAGAGUCUCAGAAAAAUUCCUGCCCGUACCUCUCCAGCGUGUAACUUGCCAAGUUCUGCGCAGCGUAUCCAGUUGGAAUUGUGGAUUUAUCGAACAAGACGUUGUCGAACAAAGCAUUCAUGAUGCAUACAUCCAGACCAUCACCAAAGCACAGCACUACAUUUACAUCGAGAACCAGUUUUUCAUUAGUUUAGAUUUAGGCACGCCAGCCGUACGCAAUCAGAUUGCCGACACAUUAUUUAAGCGAAUCGUUAGGGCGUACAAAGAACAAAAAGUCUUCCGAGUUUAUGUGGUCUUACCGUUGCUGCCGGCGUUCGAAGGGGAUGUAGGUGGUACCACAGGCAAUGCCAUCAGAGCGAUAACACAUUGGAAUUACGCUUCGAUCUGUAGGGGAAAGAGUUCCAUAAUUUCCCGUCUCAAAGCGAUUGGCAUACGCGAUCCCAGUGAGUACAUUUCCUUCCACAGUCUGCGCACGCACGACGUAUUGAACGGCUGCCCGGUGACCGAAUUGAUAUACGUACAUUCGAAACUGUUAAUUUCGGACGAUAAAGUGGUGAUCUGCGGAUCGGCGAACAUAAACGAUCGAAGUUUGAUCGGUAAACGAGAUUCCGAAAUUGCGGUGAUCAUAACCGAUGAGGAGUUCGAAGAGGGACGCAUGAAUGGCGAACCAUUUCCGACUGGAAUCUUUUCCGGUCAAUUGCGUCGGUUUCUGUUCAAAGAGCAUUUGGGUCUCAUUGAACCGGAUCCGGAGCGCGUACCAAUCAAUUUGAUUGACCCGACAAUUGAUUCGUUUUGGAAUGGCUUUUGGUUGCGCACAUCGAAACGAAAUACGCGAAUCUACGACGAAGUCUUCAAGUGCAUUCCAACGGAUGCCGUGACCAGUUUUGUGAGCCUGAAAAAGUAUUUGGAAGAGAAGCCAAUAUGUAAAACCGAUCCAGAGACAGCCAUAAUGCAAGUGAAACGAUUACAAGGUCACCUAGUCGACAUGCCAUUCCAGUUUUUGUGGGAAGAAGUGCUAACACCACCGGGUACCAGCAAAGAAGGAUUGAUACCAACGUCCGUGUGGACGUGACAGUUUACGAUGACACACAUUUGUUGCCUGUUAGACGAACAUUUUAUUUUUGUAUUCCAGAAACACAUUGCCUUAAGCCCGAAAAUAAAUUUUGUUUUAAAAUUUGUUAAA